UGCCUUCUUUUUUUCGCAUCCGGCGCACGCAAUUGUUGCUGAUCGACGACCAGACUCUGCAGAAUGGCUCCAAGAAAGGCUAAAGUUCAGAAGGAGGAGGUUCAGGUCCAGCUGGGACCCCAAGUUCGCGACGGCGAGAUCGUGUUCGGAGUGGCUCACAUCUACGCCAGCUUCAACGACACCUUCGUCCAUGUCACGGAUCUGUCCGGCCGUGAGACCAUCGCUCGUGUCACCGGAGGCAUGAAGGUGAAGGCCGAUCGUGAUGAGGCUUCGCCCUACGCCGCUAUGUUGGCCGCUCAGGAUGUGGCUGAGAAGUGCAAGACACUGGGCAUCACUGCCCUGCAUAUUAAGCUGCGUGCCACCGGCGGCAACAAGACCAAGACCCCCGGACCCGGCGCCCAGUCCGCUCUGCGUGCGUUGGCCCGUUCGUCCAUGAAGAUUGGCCGCAUCGAGGAUGUGACCCCUAUCCCAUCGGACUCUACCCGCAGGAAGGGCGGUCGCCGAGGUCGUCGUCUGUAGAAAUGGAUCGUGCCACCCGCUUUUGACGCUGCUUUAUAUUCUUAUACUAUUAAAUACAUGCAUAAAUGCAGUGGC